GAUCACAAUUUAAGUUUAGUUCUUUCAUUUCUUAUCUCCAAGUAGAAUUCAAGUGGAGAUUGCCGCCAUUGGUAAUAAACAAUUAGAACCUCUGCCAUAAAAAUGAUUUGUAGUGGAGAGGCUCCUAUUCAGUUGAAAGGGUCUUGGAGGCGUAGAGGGUCACUUUGCUGCUUUCUUAAUCAUCCUUCUCACUUAUCUAACCUCAUAUUGGUUUCCACUGAUCAGUUAUGACAUUGCUCCAUUACAUGAAAACCAUUCUGACCUUACAAGCCCAUUUCCAUCCACUUCGGAUUGUUUAAGGGGCAAAAGGAAAAUGGCACCCUUUUGCACCUCUAUAUAAUGCACAUUCAGAACUAGUUUUGGGGGGGAGCGCAACUCAAUUCGUGGGGGGUAAAAGAACAAUGGCUGGAUUCAUGAAUUUGGUGUGCCUAGUAACAAUCCUGUCAUUGCUUUCGCUACUACUCCCAUUGUCGUCGGAAUGCCGGCCACUUCAUCCCUUGGAUGCAUCCACGGCGAGAAGGAAUUUGAUCAGAGCCAUUCAAGCAUUCGGCGAGAGCCAGGCUUACAAUGACGAAACAGCAGCUGGAAGUCAGAGCACGAGUAGAGCUGCUUAUUAUGCAUCCAAGAGGCUGAGUCCUGGAGGCCCUGAUCCACAUCAUCAUUGAUGCAACCCAGCUGGUUGAAGGAAUUAGUUUAUUAUGCUGACAACCCUUGCAAGCAUAUGUCAACAAUCGUCCAAAUCAUUUCUCCACGUCGAGAUUGCAUGCCGUGGAGGAGACGAUAGUGUCUGCCCAUGCUUACCAGUCUCCCCUGUCAACAUAAUAAGCUGAACCUGCUCAGGAGACCCUCCUCAACAGUAGAGAGAAGUUUUGACUUCUUUUUUCCCCCAAAUGCUUCAAGUUGGAUUGUGUAUUAGAUGUAUACUACUUUUGGAUUCAUGUUGCGUUGUUAAUGUUAUUCAAGUUGUUGGAUAUAAAUUUUUAUGAGUAGUGAUUUGUAUCAUCUUGUCACUUUUUGCAAUUAUUAAUAAGUUAUUGAGCAUGCA